AUGGCCGACGGCUGGCACCGGCACAGGCACCGCGACACACCCCCGGUACUGCCCACCGGGACGGGGAACCGCCCCCGGUCGGACUGUGCCAUCCUGUACAACGACCGCUCGGUGCUGGAGAACCACCACAUCAGCGCCGUGUUCCGCAUGAUGCAGGACGACGACAUGAACAUCUUCGUCAACCUCACCAAGGACGAGUUCUCGGAGCUGCGGGCGCUGGUCAUCGAGAUGGUCCUGGCCACCGACAUGUCCUGCCACUUCCAGCAGGUCAAGGCCAUGAAGACGUCGCUGCAGCAGCUGGAGAGGCCGGACAAGUCGAAGGUGCUGUCGCUGCUCCUGCACGCGGCCGACAUCAGCCACCCCACCAAGGCGUGGGCCGUGCACGGCCGCUGGACCAAGGCCCUCAUGGAGGAGUUCUUCCGCCAGGGGGACAAGGAGGCCGAGCUGGGGUUGCCCUUCUCGCCCCUCUGUGACCGAACGUCCACGCUGGUGGCCCAGUCCCAGAUCGGCUUCAUCGACUUCAUCGUGGAGCCCACCUUCUCCGUGCUCAGCGACGUGGCCGAGAAGAUGGUGCUGCCGCUGGCCGAGGACGGCACCAAAGCCAAGGGCGACCCCGCGGCCACCCCGCAGGCCAGCUCGCAGUGGCGGCAGCAGUCCCUGGACGAGCACCUGGAGCUGGGGGACAUCAAGGCCGACCUGGCCGGGUUCCGCUCCACCUGGACCAGGCACAUCCAGGAGAACAAGCAGAAGUGGAAGGAGAGGGCGGCCAGCGGCAUCACCAACCAGGCGUCCAUCGAGGAGCUGUCGCCGUGUGAGGACCCCCCGGCCCCCAGCGCCCACAGGGAGAACGGGGACGUGGAAUAACCCCGGGAGGAGCGAGGUCCUCGUCCGGCUCAGUGACACCGUCUCUUGUCCAAAGUCUUCGACGCCAUCGAGUUCAGCACCAUUCGCAGGGCAGGAGCCCCCCCGGGCCGGGCACGGAUUGGUGC